GUCAACCCGAUGCUACAAUGAUGUUAUUUAGACUUGUGACACGUAACACAGUUAUCCUAUGACUGGUAGACUGUUGAAUUGGUAUAGACAUAGAGAAUUUCAGGUUUUGAGCCAAGAAGAAGCAUCACAUAUCUUGAAAAGGUGUAUACCCCGCCAACCUCGAGGCUGAGGGCAAAGGUAUAAGUGGACUUGUUCCUCAGUCUUUGCUCAAAGCUGUGGACUUUUUCACAUUGAUUAUUACGAAGUCCAAAUCCAAAGCCGAGUGGAGAACCCAAAACUGAACGAAAGAGCUUGAAAUUCUAUUUCAGACCAACAUCGAAAAUGGGUUCCUUGUUUCAAUCCACCAUCGACAGAAUCAUUUUAUCCCACACCGCGAAAAGCCCUCAGGCGACGGCUGUCGAAGAUGGCGACCGCAAGCUGUCAUAUCAACAGCUCGAGCACAAAGUAGCCAGCCUCACCUCCAUGCUCGAGGAGCACGACCUCAAACAUGAAGAGCCAGUUUGCAUCCUGGCGAAUCUCGGCAUUGAGGUCAUUGUCGCUCAGCUGGCUCUCAUACGCCUUGGCUUGACAUGUAUUCCCUUGAUUACAUGUACGCCCAGGCUUCGCCUCAUGAGUAUCCUGAAAGAUGUGGGUGCAAGAUAUGUUCUUUCAGACUCGGAAGACAUUCUCCUGGAUAGUGAAUUCACGGUCCUUCCCAUCACAGUCCGCAACGAAGAAAAGCAGACCCGUGACGCGGACCGUGCUGGCUUCGCCGAUGGUGUCGAUGGCACCCAAGACUCAUUCGUGGAGUGCCAAAACCCCAACUAUCGCAGCCACAUCCUGUACACCUCUGGAUCUACCGGAAAGCCCAAGCCGGUGCAGGUCAUGGAGCGAAGCAUUCUGCAUUUGGCAACCAAGAGCCCGCUCGGAAUCCUCGACCCGACCGACAAAGUCGCCAUCAUCAACAACCCCGGCUUCGACAUCUCCCUGUUUGAGAUCUUCUCCGGCUUCGUCGGAGGAGCGACGCUCGUGAUCGUGCCUCGCAUGGUAGUCACCGACCCCUUCACCUUCCGCGAGUUUAUCGUGGAGAAGAGACUUUCGGUCAUCUAUCUGACCUCCACCUUGUUCGGCAUUAUCGCCCACGCCUGCCCGACCACCUUCCACAACGUCAAGCACCUUUUGAUCGGCGGAAGCAUUGCCAACGUCGGAGCAGUCAAGGCUGUCGUAAACUCGUCUCUGCCCCCGAAACAUCUCUGGAACACCUACGGUCCUACCGAGAUCACGACCCACGCCGCGAUGCAUCUGGUCACCCCGUCAGAGUUCCAGUACGAUAACAUCGGUCUCGGAAGGCCUUUCGGGGAUGGACGCCUUCGGCUGGUGAAUGAAGACCUCAGUCCCAUCACCACCCCCGGCGUCGUCGGUGAGAUUCUCCUCACUGGGCCCGGCUUGACACGCGGAUACGUUGGCCUCCCCGAAGAGAAUCAGCAUCGGUUUGUGCAGCUGGAAGACGGCCUCCGGUACUAUCGCAGCGGUGACCGAGCCAGAUGGAGAAAAGGCGAGGCCGAUGUUUUCGAAUUUGCCGGACGCACGGACUUUCAAGUCAAGCAGGGCGGGUUUCGCGUGGAGCUGGAAGAGAUCCAGCACAUGCUACUUUCUAGCGGUCAGCUCGUGGGCGCCGUCGUCGUGCAGGUACCGGGCAGCAGCGUGAGCGUGGGGGAGUUUAUCGUUGCAUUCGUCAUUCCCGCUAUCGCUGAUACUCUGCGCCUCGGGGGGCUCGACGAAUACUUGGGGGAAAGGCUGCCCGCAUAUAUGAUCCCCAGCGAUAUCGUGUUCCUCCAGGAGUUCCCAUUGAACGAUCAUGGGAAGAUUGAUCGCAAGGCCUUGAUUCAGAAUUACCUGACGGAGCGCGAGCACAAGAAGUUCGAAUGUAAGGACAGCCGUGACACCACCGCCAUCGUCAAGGGCCUCUGGUCCUCGUUGCUCAACAAGCCGUCUUUCGCCCAAGACGACGACUUCUUCCGAUUGGGGGGCACCUCCUUGCAGGCAGCGGCCCUGAUAGCCAAACUGCGCGAGCACACGGGCCGAACAGUCUCCAUGCGCGGGCUUGUGGAGAACUCCCGUCUCCACGAGCUGGUCGCCUAUCUGGGCGAGUUCGUCGAAGGCGGCAAUGCUCCCGACGAGGCCGAUACUUGGAUCGCUGAUGCCCGACUGGCCGAUGACCUGAAGAUCAAUUCGACCUGGUCCGCCCAGGAUUGGGAUUCAGUCGUAGACUGGACUGCUCCAGGGGAAGGCCGUCUUUUCCUGACCGGGGUCACCGGAUUCGUGGGGGCGCAUUUUCUCUCUCGCUUGCUCAAGAUGCCGGAGGUGCAGGAGGUCGUCUGCCUUGCGCGCGCGAAGAGCGGCCAGACCCCCCGGCAGCGCGUCGAGAACACUCUCCGGCGUUACGAGUUCCACGAACGAGUGGCGGAUCAACUCGACAAGCUGACCGUCCUCGAAGGCGAUAUCACGCAGAAGGACCUCGGGUUAUCCGGCGGCGACUACACGCAACUGGCGGACAGGACCAGCGCGAUCUUCCACAUCGCGGCCAAGGUCAACUACUGCGAGCCCUACUCGGCCCACUUCGAGCCCAACGUUCUCGGAACGAAGAACCUGCUUGAGCUGGCGGCGCAAGGCCGCCGGAAACCCUUCCACUACAUGUCCAGUCUCGACGCGUGGGGUGCAACCGGCCUCAUCUACGGGACACGGGUGCUCCUGGAGGACGAGCCGCUGCUCCCACACAUUGGGUCCCUGGCAUUCGACAUCGGCUACGCAUCCAGUCAGUGGGUGGCCGAGCAGAUGGUGCGAGGCGCGCGCGACCGCGGCCUUCCCGCCGUGAUCUAUCGACCCGGGUUCGUCCUCGGGGACACCCGCCACGGCGCCGGCAAUCCGGAUGACUUCGUGUCCCGCCUGUUCAUGGGAUCGAUCCGCCUCGGGGCGUUUCCGCAUCUCCCCAACCAGCGCAUGGAGUUCGUCACGGUGGACUACGUCUGCGACGCGACGUUGCACAUCGCCGCCAGGAAGAAAAGUCUCGGCCGCUCGUACUGCCUGGUGCCGCCCUCGCCCGCCGUCUCCGUGGAUAUGGAGCGGACGUAUGAGAUCUUGGUCGCCGCAGGCUAUUCGCUGCGCUUGCUGCCGUACUGGGACUGGGUCCGCGAGCUCCAGGAGAUCGAGGACCAGGACAAUCCGUUGAACCCGCUCCUCCCCAUGCUGCAGGAGCCCGUCAUCAGUGGGCUGUCGCGCUUCCAGACCAGCCGGCAGACGCCGCGGUACGAUUGCUCCAAUACCCUCGUCGCGCUCAAGGAUGCCCCGGAUAUCAAGUAUGCGCCGCUCAGUGUCGAUUUGCUGGGCCGGAUGCUGCGUUUCUGGCGCCGCAUGGGGGCUUUUUGAGGCGGCGGCUUUUUGAGGCGGCUUAGGGCUGAUUGCGGAAUUGGGCGGGGAAACGGAUGGGGUUUGCUAGUGCUGAUGGCACAGCUAGUUAUGGAUUCCCUCCGGCCUCUUGUUCUUAUGCGCUCGAUGAAAGCUGUCCGUGUGAAUUGUUGCGUGCCUUGGAUAAGUGAAAAUUGGGAAAUGAUCAUGUAG